AUGGCCUACCGAGAUGUGGAAGACUGGCACAGGACAAAGACCCGACGCCGCUACCCUCAAGGGCCGCUGCCUGUCAACCAUGGUUGGCAUGCCGGUGGCGAGACGUCCUUAGAUUCACUCCCAUAUCGGAGGCCCAAAGACCCUAUACAAGGACCCGACGAGAUAACUUCGUCCCCCGGACGAAGCCGAACCUCCAGGACCAGCAGCGGCGCGUCUGCCACCGUCAUCGAGACGAUGCCCGUGCCUGUGCUGUCGAGAGCUCCAGUGACGGAAACAUAUAGAAGGGGACGAUAUGCAGCCGCAGACUACGCCUAUGAUGACUUUGGCGAGACCGAGUCGCCCACACCCGGCCGGAGAGUGAGUCCUCGGCGUGGUCGGAGCCCAAGAGCCGCCCAACCCUCCCGGCCCCGUCGACCUUAUGCAAGGGAGAGAUCUUCCACGUCUUCAGAGUCUGGCACAGACACCGAGACAGACGAGGAGUCAGCGACCAGUGUAUCGACCCAGGAAGAGAAACGCCAGAGACGGCACGAGAGGGCGAAGCGGGAGAAGGAGAGAGGGAAGCAUGAGAAACACACGCACCGCCUCGUGGUGGAAGAACGGCGGUCCCCUCCAGAGGAGAGAAAGAAGAAGACGCCCAAGCGCCGCAGGAAGAUUAAGGAAAUCGUAUAUGUGGAAGAAGACGAUGAUGAAUCGACCGUGCAUACGCCGCGACAAUCGCGUCAGUCUCUCGACGAACGCAGCAGGUCUCCCUUGCGGCAUCGCUCUCGUCCGUCUCGUUCGGCUUCCGAGAGGCAUUUCUCGAGGCAGCGCUCCCACAGCCCUGCAAGGAGGCCGAGCCAACAUCGGCCUCCAGCGAAGACUUACGAGAUGGUCUCCAAGCCUCCUACGUCCUCCAAAAGGUUGGCGUACGGAAUGCUCCCUUACCGAGGUGAUUCUGACGCUGGCCCGAGCAGAUCUUCCAGAAGACAUCAGUCAGAUGUUGUGUAUAGAGACUCUCGGAUGAUUCGACGCUCCCACACUCUUUCGGGGGCGGCAUCCCAGGUCACAUCGCACAGUACAGCUUCGUCGAACAAACAUUCAUCUAAUUUCAUGGGCCAAAGGCUCGCCAGGAGCGUACGUUCUCGCUCGCCCGAGAAACCUGUCAAAAUGGCACAGUGUAUGAUUUGUAUGGACGAAGAUCGGUCUUCAAAAGUUCCGAAGCUCAAAUGUGGCCACCGCAUGUGCGAGUCUUGUCUUGAAUGGCGAUUCCAACUUUCCAUCACGGAUCCCCAGUCUAUGCCUCCCAGGUGCUGCACGCCAGACGUCAUCCCACUCAAGUAUGUCGAGCGUCUGCUGUCAUCUGACUUCAAGAUGAAGUGGAACAGAAAGUAUUUGGAGUACUCGACCCGUAACCGGAUCUACUGCUCCUCGCGACGCUGCGGAGCAUGGAUCAGACCAUCGGACAUCUAUCGCAGAGGGAGUCGCAAGUGUGGCUCCUGCAGGGUAUGCGGAACUGACGUGUGCUGCUCUUGCAAAGGGAAAUGGCACUCGUCAAGAGACUGUCCCGACGAUGAAGACACCACAAGAUUUCUUGAGCAGGCCAAAGAGGCCGGCUGGCAGCGAUGCUACAAGUGCAAUCACAUGAUUGAACUCGAGGAAGGCUGCAACCAUAUGACAUGUCGCUGCGGAGCGCAAUUCUGCAUGAUUUGCGGCGUCAAAUGGAAGAAUUGCGACUGCCCAUGGUUCAACUAUGAUACGACAGACGCGGAUAGGCUUCCCGAUGUACAAAUUCCGGCAGUGAUCCAGCGGCUUGAAAGGCUGGAUUUGACCAUGACAUCCAGGGGCAUGCGGCCGGCGCUUCGUUCGGGGCCGUCACCUCGGUCUCGGUCCCAAGAUUACGAAGACAGACUCGUUCACAACCGUGACGACGACACGCGCAGAUUUUCGAGUUACGGAGACGACGACGUUCUUGACAGAGGAUACGGGGAACUUACUGGUGCCAGCACGACGAUUGGAAACUACGCAAGUGAUGAUUAUCGCAGAGAAGCUGACGACGUAUUCGUAUCCGGACCACCAGUGCCGCCCGCACCAACGCCACCGGCGGCUUUCGAGCGCCCCACGCCGACCGACUACAUGUCAGGCGUCAACCGGGCACGAGGCCUCCCUCAGGAUACGAUAAGCCAACGAGACUCGAUGGGCCAACGCCUGGCCGAGCGCUUCUCGGAGUUCCGUUCCAGCCUGGGCGGCCCCUCCCGGUCGGUGAUGAUGGGGCCACCGCCGCCGCAUACGGUUUCGCCUCUCGGGCCGAUGACGGCGUCCCCCAUGGGGCCUCCCCCCCCUCCUUUGACGGCGCCCCUAGGAAUGGGGCCUCUGCCGCCAACGCCGAUGCUUCGGCGACACACUAUGGAGGAGGAAGUGUAUAACAGGGCUAGAACCAUGCGACCCCCAGAGCGAGUAGUACCUGGACGUAUGGCUCAUGACUACGAGGCAGAGGCAGCGAUACACGCCACGCACAGUCGGCGGCGUCCAUACGCGGAACCCAAGUCUUCGACGCUCGCCGGCCUCACAGGACCCGGCCGCGGGAUGAACCGGGUAUUUGAGUGGCGGAGUCAUGUCCACCCAGGAGACCCGGAAGACAGUGCCCGGGCAUAA